ACGUCACCCAAAGAGUGGAGAUAAAGUGCAGUGCCCGCAGCUGUGGGAUGGGUAAAACUUCCUAAGAGGUACACAGGCUUAGCCGCCUUGUCCAGCAGGUGCUCUUCUGACAACACCCUUCCUCCUACAGCUCAGCUCCUCACACAGACCUAAGGGAAACAGAGCAGUAACCAAGACAAAACUGCUCACAAUGCCACAAAACGUUAUCCUCCAAGGACCAGCACCCUGGGGAUUCAGGCUCUCAGGAGGAAUAGAUUUUAACCAACCCUUGAUUAUAACCAGGAUUACACCUGGAAGCAAGGCUUCAGCUGCUAACCUGUGCCCUGGUGAUGUUAUCAUAGCUAUUGAUGGUCUAGGCACAGAGAACAUGACACAUAAUGAUGCCCAGGAAAGAAUUAAAGCAGCAGCACAUCAGCUUUGUUUGAAAAUAGAGAGGGCAGGAACCAAAUUAUGGUCCCCACAAGUUUCAGAAGAUGGCAAAGCACAUCCCUUCAAGAUAAAUUUGGAAGCUGAACCACAGGAUAUGAACUACUUUGAACACAGGCAUAAUAUUCGGCCCAAACCUUUCAUAGUCUCAGGCCGAAGCAGUGGAUGCAGCACUCCUUCCGGGAUUGACUGUGGCAGUGGACGCAGCACUCCCUCUUCAAUUAGCACGGUUAGCUCUAUCUGCCCCACCGAGCUGAAAGCAGUGUCCAAGAUGGCCCCUAACAUUCCACUGGAAAUGGAACUUCCUGGUGUCAAGAUUGUACAUGCUCAGUUUAACACACCUAUGCAGUUAUACUCAGAUGACAAUAUCAUGGAAACACUGCAAGGCCAAGUUUCUACAGCUCUGGGGGAAAACCCUGUAAUAAGUGACCUACCUCCCAACUCUGUGCCUCAGUCUGACGUGUACAGGAUGCUUCAUGCCAACCAGGAGGAGCCCAGUCAACCUCGCCAGUCUGGCUCCUUUAAGGUGCUCCAGAAUUUAGUCUCCGAGGAAGAUGGACGCCCUGUGGGUACAAGAAGUGUGAAAGCACCUGUAACAAAGAUACCUACCGCCAUGCCUGGUGCCCAGAAAGUGCCACUCUGUGACAAGUGUGGGAAUGGGAUUCUAGGAACAGUGGUGAAGGCACGUGACAAAUACCGGCACCCAGAAUGUUUUGUGUGCUCUGACUGCAAUCUCAACCUGAAACAAAAAGGCUACUUCUUUGUGGAGGGCCAGCUAUACUGUGAAGCUCAUGCACGAGCUCGCAUGAGGCCACCAGAGGGAUAUGAAGCAGUCACUGUUUACCCCAAAUGCUAGUCUUACGUAACACACAAAGAUAUGCAUGCACACAGAAAGACAUUAACAGCUUAGAACUGCAGUACCAGUGUCAGGACAUCUGUCUGAUUCCAAAGUAGCAGCUUUUAAACCUCUCCUGUGGGAUUCUGAGGCAGGUAGAAGUCCCUGUCAGCCAAGAGUAGCAUAUUAUACCAGUAAAAUUCUGCUAAAAUAUUGUCUCUGAAGUUACGAAUAUAACUCAAUGAAGUAUAAACUAAAACAGCUGCACUGGAAUAAAAACAGUGAAACAGCUGAGGUAUUACAUGAUUACAUAUACAAAGUGCUGUAAUCAAGACAUUAUUUUCAACAUAAAUCAAGUUGAUCUGUGCAAACACCAACGCCAUCGAAGUGUUACAGGCUGGACCUUAAGAAAUGUAGAAAUUUGACAGAUCAUUAGAAAAGCAGCUAUUUUACAUGGAUAGUACAAAAACAGUUGCUCCUGUCUGCUUCCACCAUCUAUCAUUCAACUACCAUUAAUGUAUGCCAAAAAUAGAUUUUUGCUUAUUUUGCUUUGAAGUUAUAUUGACUUAAUUUUCUGAUGCAGCAACUGAGAUAGGGAAAUAUCAAGUCAUACAAUACAAUGGCUAGUAUAAUAAAGACUGUUUAGUGAGAAGCAAAACAGAAGUUCUAUGUUGUUUUAAUGAUUUGCAACGACAUCAGCUUUCACAUCACUCAGCAUAAAACUAUGCUGAGACAUGCACAUAUAUUUUUGGAAAAAAAAACACACUCUAAUAGGAACUGACUGAAAAUUAAGUAUGAAAGUAAAUUUUUUAACCUUUCUGCACAAAAUGGCAUCGUAGUUUUUUGCAUCUCCAUCUUUCAAUUUCCAUAAUAGCAACAAUGAGGAAUAUAGUAAUAUUAUUGCUGCUAAAUUAAAACUUGAACAACUUCAAAACCAGAAGUGAAUUAAAAUAUACAAAGAAAAGAUCUUUUCUAAAAAGCCUGAUGAAGGCCUAAGGGGGAAAAAAAGAAGGCUGAAAGAAUGCAGUUUUUAAAUCAAUUUCUGAAACUUUUAAAGGGCUGCAUUGCUUUUAGGUAGGCGCUGGCUACACAAACACACCUGACUGACAAAUCAAACCUUAGCAUUUUCAAAAAGUAUCACCACAAUUCAUAGCUGAUUUAUUGGGGUAUUUUGAACCCCACUUUAAAGUAGAAGAAUCGACACCAUUUUCUAUCAAGUCUACAAGACCAGUAAAAAUCAACAACUCAGUGGCAAGCAAUCUUACAGACUUCCCAUUCUAAGAAGUUUAAAUGUGAGAAGAAUGUGGAAUUAAAAUAAGAAGUUGUACAUGCUGUAAAUUAAUUUUCAAAAUUCAGAUGGGUCCCAAAGUUUGCAAUACAAUGUCCACAUAUUCAAAGACUGACGUUUCGAAACAUCUCAAAGUAUUACUUAAGAAUUGAAAAGUUUCAAAGAUGUGUGUGCCACUGCAUUUAUAAUUUAUGUCUGCAUAUCAAAAGCAGACAUGAAAAAAAAAGGAUGUUGCACCCUUUUAAAGGUUGGUCCCUGAAUUAUUUGGGGGCACAAAACAUAAUUCUGCUCCUCAUCCACCAUGGAGGCUACGUGUAGCAUUUAUAUUUUUCCACUGAUAAAGCCCAUGAAAUGAAUCUGAAAAUCCUUUUGAAAGGGAGAGUGCACAUUCUGUCUAUUUUAACAAACCUAAAAUGUAAUAGGUGUUUUAAAAUACUUGAUGUUCAUUUCUUCAUGGAGUAACUGAAGGUAAAAAUAAAUCUACUACAUAUGCUAAA